UGCUACGGCUUACGUCUUACGGAGAAAAGUGGAGGAGACAGUACUAGAUUCUGAUUGGUUGGUUUCCUUACGCUUACGUCUUACGUCGUUACGUUAUUUUGUGUGUGAAGGCCUUGAAAGGCUUAAGCCAUAACCUUAAGUGUUUCAUAAAAUUCGGUGAAUUUGUCGUGCAUACGGAAAAGGAUUAUAAAUAAUAAUUCGUAGUGACACGAAACAAAUUAACCUUAAUUUCAAGAUGUGUGCGAAAAUGGCUUUUCAACAUCAGGCGGGCACGGCCAUGGAAUGCCUUAGCAUUCCGAUUACGUUGCACAAAGAACCUGAAAUUAAUGCCAACGGAGAGGAAGUAAUGAAAUGCGGCUUUAAAAUUGGUGGUGGAAUCGACCAGGACUUUAGGAAAAGUCCACAAGGGUAUACAGAUAAUAUGAUUUUUGACCAAACGCCAGUGGGUACCGAAAUGGCCAAUUUUUUUACGACACUCCGUAGACGACAUCACUACUCCGUCAAUUUGCAACAUUUAAAAAAAAAAAAAUUAAAAACAUUCCUGAAAGUGUAUAUUUUUAACUAGAAAAAAUCCCAACCUGAUAGUUCCAACACUUUCCCCGAAAAAAGUUCUGGAAAAUUACCUUGUUUUUUCGUUUCCAGGUGUAUAUUCCCCCUUAAGGAUGAGGUGCCCAGCUGUUCGCUUGAUGCCUUAGGGAAGCGGUCGUGGAGGAUCUCCAAAAGUUACGUACCGAUUCGGUAGGGAACGCUCUCGAUUUGGUUUAAAGCGACAAUUCAAGAAAAUGGAUAAGAGUUAACAGUUAUAAAGAUCUCGAUGAAUCAGAAUGAUUAGUUCUCGAUACCUCGAGCUGGCGUGCGGUGCGAUGCUGUCUGUUGAUAAUUUUUUCUAGCUUUGUUUCGAUACGGUAUCGAAGGUACUCGCCUAUGUAGUUCUCGCGUUGCUCUUGCGAUAUACAGGAAAUUCUAUGGAUUUUAUGUGUGUAUUCCGGAGGUGCCCUAAUGCAAUGCCCACCUCAGUGUCCUCUGGAUACAGUUCUUGGCCUUCGCGGAUUAACUGCAUCAGCUUCGGUAAGAACUUCCGAUUUAUUAAUUAGUGAAGGGAUUUCGGUUGAUAGUUCCGAUUCGUUCUGUUACAUUCUCGAUCAUUUGCUCUCUGUAUCCUACACUAUAUGCUUGGCGCUUACUCCGAUCCUCUCUAAUUCAACCUAGCGGCCUGAGCGGCCGUACAUUCCCGUAACCGUGCGCUCCCAUUCUUGAAUCUAGUUGCGUUAGCUGAUUCUACGCAAUCCCAAAGAUCAGCAUCUACGGUUGCGUUUUUCAAUUUUACGCGUCUCCGAAAUCGGCAGAAUCCGUUCAGCUACGGUCUUUUUUUAUAGGUUCCGUCAGAGUUCUCAUUUUGGCGGAAUUGAGACUGUUCCACUUCAUCUCCCAGGUCAUAGCAGCUCGUCAGUUCCCAGCGAAAAAAGAAUCGAUUCGCGCCCGCCAGCCAUGCGCACGCAUGGACGAAAUUCAUUAUCGGUGUAGAGCUAAGAAAAUACGUUACAAUUCUUUGUUUAUAAAUAUGGACAAUUUGGGUUAGAAACAAUUAUAGAAUUGUCUAGCCUGUUUUAUUAAAAAUAUGACAUUUCCAAUUGUGAGGGAGUGGUAAGAAGGUCUACAAGUUUCCGUUUUACGCUUUCGAUGCGUCUUUUGCUAUGAUUCUUUGCGAGUCGUGAUCCGAUAGGAGUCGUGGCAGGCUGCACUGGGCUCCUCUGUUUCUGGUUUUGCGGAGUAGGCGACACUGGACUCAGAGGCUUCGGGACCGGGGAGAGUUGGACGGCCAACUUCGUAUCGCCAAAAGGGGUUGAUGGCAGGCGUUUUGCAAACGGGUGCAAAGGCUGUGGUGGUACGACUUGCAGGAGCGGAGCCGAGCAUUGCAACCGCUACAUGGACGUGACUAGGGCGAGGUCGAGAAGUAGAGGCGCGAAAGUGUUCAGAGCACCUUGACGCCACAUGGCGCUAACACGUCGACGGUUAGUAUAAAUUCCGUUCCGACGGCAUAUCAGUCUACAGAGACAAGUGUCUUAUAGUACCGACUGAAAGUCCUUAUCAGAGUCCUAGCAGCAAGGUACUAGGAUCACUUCAGCAACUCACCAGUUCCUGGUCGGUCAGUCGGGGAAAAACUGACUGCUUUUACUCAGAAUCAUCGGUUUUUUUACCCUCUGACUUGAAGUUAGCGCGCAAACAUCUCCUUUGUGAUAAUACCGCGCAACAAUUCAAAUUUCGAAACGAACUUGGCCAACGAACAUGGCCAACGGUCCAUAGAACUAUUUAGGGGAUAUGUGCUGUAACGUAUCUUUCUUAACUCGACACCGAUAUUGAAAAAUCCGAGAACUAACUUGAGUUACCUUCGGCCGUCCACCCUUCGCUCAUGCAUCCACAAGCCAGGCGGGCGCCAUCCAAUUUUUUUUUUUCACUGGGACUUGACGAGUUUGUGUGACCUGGGAGUUGGGUUGGAACAGGCCCAACUCCACCAGAACGAGAGCUCAGACGGAACCUAUCAGAGAAUGCGAUAACUUAACGGAUCCUGUCGAUUUUUGGGGACGCGUAAAAUCAGCAAACGCAACUGGAUGUAUGAACCGGAGCGGACGGUUACGGAAAUGCACGGCCGCUCAGGUUGCUAGGUUGAGGUAGAGAGGGUCGGAAUAAGCGUCAGGGAAAUAGUGCGGGAUACAGAGAGAAACGGAUCAAGAACGUAACAGAACGAAUCGGAGGUAUCAAAUCAAAAUCCCUUCACCAAUUAAUACAUUGGGAGUCCUCAUCGGAGCUGGUGCGUCUAAUUCGUGAAGGCCGAGAACCGUAUCCAGAAGACAUUCGGGUGGGAACUGCGCUAGGACACGGCACUACACCUCCGGAACACUCACAGAAAAUCCAUAGAAUUUCCUGGAUAUCGCGAGAGUAGCGCGAGAACUACACAGGCGAGAACUUUCUAUACCGUAUCGAAACACAGCUAGAAAAACUAUCAACAGAUUGCAUGGAGUGCGAGCUAGUUCGUGGCACCUCGGUCGGUGCCCCGAGACAGACUCUAGCCAAAUUCGAGAAAUCAUUCUGAUUGGUCGAGAUCCUUAUAGCCGAUAACUCUUCCUUUCUCUUGAGUCGUCCCUUUAAACUAAAUUGAGAGCGUUCCUUAGCGAAUCGGUACGUAACUUUUGGAAAUCCUUCACUGCUACUUCCCCAGGGCAUCGGGCGACAGCUGGGCACCACAUUCUUAAGUCGUAUCAGCGGGUUUCUCCCUGCCCUUAAUCGUGACAAAACUAUACCGCCGCUUGUUCUACAGCCCUUUGCCUCUCUCCAGCGUAACGUCAUAAUUUCACCCAGGCUUCUGCCGGUCCGUGGAGAUGUCUCCGUCGGGUACUCUCCUCUGCCGGCUAAGUCG